UCUCUAGCCCAGCGGAUUUGCAGGACAACGUAUAAAUACCCCUGAUCUCCAAGCAAUACAGUCGCCGAAGGUGUCUGGGCUCCGUUUGCAUUUUGCUGCCCUUGUCAGAGGAAAACACAGGCAGCCCAUGACUUUCAGGGAACAUAAUUUUUGGAAGCCGCACAGGGGGCAGGAUGCCUGUCGCAUCUGCCACCAACAACACCGUGGCCAGCUCAGUCGUGUUCACCCUGCAAGGCAUCCCCGGGCUGGAAGCCGCUCACCUCUGGCUCUCCCUCCCCUUGUGCUCCGUGUACGCUGUUGUUCUGCUGGGGAACACCCUGGUGCUUGUCUUGAUUGCGGUGGAGCGAAGCCUGCACCAGCCCACGUACCUUCUCCUCGGCAUGCUGGCGGUCUCCGAUCUCAUCCUCCCUUCCGCCACCGUGCCGAAAAUGCUGCUCAUGCUCUGGUUCGGGGCAGGGGACAUCGCCUUUGCUGCCUGCCUCACCCAGAUGUUCUUCGUCCACGCAAUGUUUGCUCUGGAGUCGGGCAUCCUGCUGGCCAUGGCCUUUGAUCGGUACGUUGCCAUCUGUGACCCCCUGCGGUACCGAGCCGUGGUCACCACGCCCCUGGUAGGGAGAACAGGGGCAGCGAGCGUCCUCCGGAGCGUCUGCGUGACCCUCCCGUUCUUCUUUCUUCUGAAAGGGCUCCCCUACUGCGGCCACCGUCUCCUCCCCCACACCUACUGCGAGCACAUGGGCAUAGCCCGGCUGGCCUGCCGGAGCGUCACGUUCUUGGCCAUAGGGCUCGAUGUCGUGCUGAUCGUUGCGUCCUACGUGCUGAUCCUCAGGGCCGUCUCCCGGCUCCCGUGCAAGGCGGCCCAGCUCAGGGCGCUGCGCACCUGCAGCGCCCACAUCUGCGUCAUAUUAAUAUUUUACACCCCGGCCUUCUUCUCGUUCGUAAGCCAGGGCUUUGGGCGCAAUGUCAAUCGCCAGGCCCACAUUAUCCUGGCCAACCUCUACGUGCUGGUGCCACCCACCCUCAACCCCAUCGUUUACGGGGUGAAAACCCAGCCCCUCUGGGACAGGGUGCUGAAAAUAUUCCAUCCUCAACGGCGCAUGCCCUGA